AUGAACCCACUUUGGAAGGUCUACAAGAGCAAGGUCAUGAAGACUCUCAACCCAGAUUUGGAGGAGGACACUGUGACAGAGAACAGUGAGCCGGAUGGAGACAUGACACCGGUCCAGGAGGACGAGGGACCCAGCGCAGUGUCACAGCUGGCAAAAAAGAUGCAGGGAGCAGGCGCUAAGGGCUGGAGAAGUGUGUCUGCCCUCUUCAACAAGGACGAUGAGCACCAGCUGCUGGAGUCUGAGGGCCAGCCGGCCGCCGACCACCCACUAGCAGUGAAGCCAGAGGAACCGCGGCCAAACAAGCGGAGCACAGCAUUCUGGGAUACCUUCACCACCAAGUGGCAGCAGGCGGCCGCCAUGAAGCAGGCGGAGGCGGCCGCCGCAACAGAAGCGGGAGGCGAGGGUGGGGAGGGGGCGGAGAGCGAGGGUGGGGGGAGGAGUCAGGAGGGGGAGGGGCAGGAGGGGGAGGAGAGUGGAGGUGGAGGAGGAGGAGGAGGCAGUGGGAACAGCUUCUCCAAGUACGCCAGCCUGGGUGGCGGCAGCGAGGACACAGCCUUUAAGUGGAACUUUGUCACCAGCAAGCUGGCUGAGCUGAAGUCCAAGAGCCUGGCCAAGACCAACUAA